UCGCAAAGAGUGAACUGUUUCAGCUAUCAUCCACCAUACCAGCAAUAAGCAGCGAAACAUUAAUGUGGACCAGCUUCAACGACGCGGCCAUAAGGAAAAACUGUUUUCAACUUCUUUCAAACUGCAAUCAAUCCAUGAAACUCGCAGACUUGAUAAUAUGCAAUUCGGCUUACGAGCUUGAGGCAGCUGCAUUUUCCGCAAUCCCGAAUGUGUUGCCAGUUGGUCCUCUAUCAGCAACCAGCAUGCCUAGAAACAAAGCAGGCAAUUUCUGGUCAGUGGACUCAUCCUGCUUGUCCUGGCUCGAUCAGCAGCCAGUCUGCUCAGUCAUAUUCGUCGCGUUUGGGAGCUUCACAGUUUUUGAUCAGAUACAAUUUCAAGAAUUGGCUCUAGGGCUUGAGCUGACCAAUAAGCCUUUCCUUUGGGUGGUGCGUCCGGAUAUAACUACUGACACACAAGUAGUAUACCCUGAUGGAUUUCAGGACCGGGUAGGUAGUCGCGGAAAGCUGGUGGGUUGGGCACCACAGGAGAAGGUUCUGAGUCAUCCUGCUGUAGCGUGCUUCUUGAGUCAUUGUGGCUGGAACUCGACGAUAGAAGGUGUUAGUAAUGGGGUGCCUUUCCUUUGUUGGCCUUAUUUUGCGGAUCAGUUGUCUAAUCAGGCCUACAUAUGUGAAAUUUGGAAGACGGGGUUGGGAUUUGAAAGAGAUGAAGCGGGUAUUAUCAGACAGGAUGAGAUUGUGAAUAAGGUGAAACAGCUGUUUAAUGGCAAUUACGGAGCUCGUGCUUUGGAACUUCAAUCAAAGGUCCGAGAAGAUGGCAGCUCCAAGAAGAAUCUGAGCAACUUUUUUGAUUGGGUUAGAGUUGAAUAAUUCAUUUACUUGGAAAUGUUUUAGAAGAAUAUAAAAAAUGUUUUAUUGUUAUUUGUAAGGGGUGCGAAUAUCACCUUCACCAAUACAACGACUUUUUUAGUUAUUUAA